GUCCAAUGUAUGAAGUGUCAGUGGUCAUGCAUAUUUAUUUAUAUAAAUGUGUGACUGCAUACAUUUUAACAUUUGCAUCAAGUAUAUAAAACAUAUUUACUUUUAUACACAUACAUAAGUAAAUAUUGGCUACAUAUUGUGUGGGGUGCUUCACUGCUUCCACUUAGCUUAUUGCCAAUUGAAAUCAAGCUGCUAAGGCAGGUAGACAAACGGCAGCGUUAAAGAAACAUCAAUUUUUUCGCAUAGUACACCACAUACAUAUUUCUCGUCAAACUUCUAUUCACCCAAUUGGCGUCUGCAGUGAGGAUAGUGGCGAUUUCAAAGAAAAUAUUAGCAGCAUAAUCGUGUGAGUGCAGUUUAAUUGGAUAAGUGCUAAAAAAAAAUAAUAUUAAUAACAAAAGCAAAAAUUGUGCGUAAAUGAAUUGGAAAAAGGAAGAAUCAGAAUAGUUUGUGCCAAUAAGAGAACAAAGUGUGUGAAAAACACCACGAACCCACAAAUAGAAAGCGUAAAAAACAUAAAAAAGUGUAAAACAACAUGCAGUCGGUGAAAACGAACGAUUUGCCGGAGAAUCCGCGCGAACGUGCUAGUGUGAUAUCAGCGCUCUGCUUUUGGUAUACAUUACCCAUAUUUUUCAAAGGUCGUAAAAAGACGCUAGACACAAAAGAUUUGUACAAAGCGUUGACGGUGCAUAAAUCAGAAACACUUGGAAAUGAUAUGAGUGCAUCAUGGGAGCAGGAAUUGCAACGCAAGUCUACAUCGAAGAAAGGGCCGAGCUUACUAAAAGCUACAAUACGUGUUUUUGGUUGCCGUUAUGCACUCUUGGGUCUAGUGUUGCUGAUACUUGAAUUGGGUCUGAGAGCCUUACAGCCCCUUUUUCUACUGGGUUUAAUAGCGUAUUACUCGAAAGGUGAAGACAAUAUAAACACGGCAUAUCUCUAUGCAGCGGGUGUAAUACUUUGUAGUGCUAUAAAUGUGAUCAUCAUGCAUCCCUACAUGCUGGGCACCAUGCACGUGGGCAUGAAGAUACGUGUGGCUAUGUGUAGUAUGAUUUAUAGAAAGGCGCUGCGCUUGAGCCGCACUGCCCUGGGUGAGACCACCGCUGGGCAGGUCGUUAAUUUGAUAUCGAACGAUGUGGGUCGCUUGGAUUUAGCUAUGAUUUUUAUACACUAUCUUUGGCUUGGCCCUGUCGAGACGAUCUUCAUCACCUACUUAAUGUCAAUUGAGAUUGGUGUUGCGGCUACAUUCGGUGUGGCCUUUAUGUUGCUCUUUAUUCCGCUUCAAGGUUGGCUGGGCAAGAAGACGUCAGUGUUACGCUUGCGUACCGCUUUGCGUACAGAUGAACGUGUGCGCAUGAUGAACGAAAUUAUCUCGGGCAUACAGGUGAUCAAAAUGUAUGCGUGGGAAAUACCAUUCGGCAAAAUGGUGGCCUAUGCGCGCAAAAAGGAAAUCAAUGCUAUACGUAAGGUGUCGUAUAUACGUGGUGUACUGCUGUCGUUCAUCAUGUUUCUGACGCGCGUCUCCGUUUUUCUCAGUUUGGUUGGUUAUGUGCUGCUGCAAAAGGUGCUGACGCCCGAGAAGGCUUUCGUCAUUACGGCUUACUAUAAUAUUUUGCGCACCACAAUGACGGUGUUCUUUCCACAAGGUAUUUCGCAGUUGGCUGAGGCUUUGGUGUCCAUUAAACGCAUACAAAAGUUCAUGCUUUACGAAGAGACUGACAUAGUUGACAAAUCAGUCGAUAAUCCCAACUAUCCUGGCAGUAACCAAUCAACCGUUGUCAAAGACGAUGAAAAGCCGUUGGACAAAAAGGAGGCGGAAAAGGCGUUUGCCUCUAAUGGACACGCAACACUGUCGGAAGCUGGCAUUGUAUUGAGCAAUGUGAAAGCUAAAUGGGAUCCUAAUUCGUCGGAGUACACAUUGGAUGACGUGAAUUUGCGUGUGCAACCCGGCACACUGGUUGCAAUUAUCGGACCAGUGGGUUCAGGAAAAUCAAGUUUAGUACAAAGCAUACUCGGUGAAUUGCGGCCUGAGUCGGGCACCAUAAAGGUGAACGGCACAUUCUCCUAUGCCUCGCAGGAACCAUGGCUUUUUACCGGUACCGUACGCCAGAAUAUACUCUUCGGCCAGCCAAUGAAUCGACGUCGCUACCAGCAAGUGGUGAAGAAAUGUGCGUUGGAGCGUGAUUUCGAGCUACUACCUUACGGCGACAAGACAAUUGUGGGUGAACGUGGUGCCUCGCUAUCGGGUGGACAGAAGGCACGUAUUAGUUUGGCGCGCGCUGUCUACCGUGAAACCUCAAUCUACCUGUUGGAUGAUCCAUUGAGUGCGGUAGACACACACGUAGGCCGUCAUCUCUUCGAUCAAUGUAUGCGCGGUUUUCUGCGCGAGCACAUCGUUGUUCUGGUCACACAUCAAUUGCAGUUCCUACAACAAGCCGAUCAAAUUGUCAUCAUGGAAAAGGGUCGUGUAAGCGCAGUUGGCACUUAUGACUCAUUGCGCGAAUCCGGUUUGGAUUUUGCGAAUCUUUUGGCUGACCCAGAGCGAGAAGAGGCCGUCGAAGAGAAGUCGCGUUCGCGCUCAAGUAGCAAAGUUUAUAGCAAUCGUCGAAAUAGUGAGGCAUCUUUGAAUUCGGUAGCAGACUCAUACGUCGAAGACACACCAAUGCAGCAACAGGAGACACAGGAACAGGGUCAAAUCGGUUUGGAAUUGUAUCAGAAAUAUUUCCGUGCCGGUGGCGGUUUCCUCACAUUCUUCAUCAUGUUGUUUUUCUGUGUGCUGGCGCAAGCGCUCGCUUCAGGCGGCGAUUGGUUCUUGUCAUAUUGGGUCGCCAAAAAGGGUCGUGAUGGUAAAAUGUAUUCGGCUAGAUUCAAUGACUCGCGCAUCGACGAGACUUUCGACAGUUUCAACGAUACGACAACACUGCCAUCAACAGCGCUGACUGAACAGGAAUCGAUAAUAAAGACUAUGCUGCGCGAUGUGGGUGUCGACAUCGACUCAGAAAUGUUGGAUAUUUACAUAUUUACGGGUAUAACAAUGGCCACCGUUGUCAUCACGCUCGCGCGUAGUUUCCUCUUCUUCAAUGUGGCCAUGAGAGCUUCCAUUAAUCUGCACAACUCCAUGUUCCGCGGCAUAACGCGAGCGGCGAUGUACUUCUUCAACACAAAUCCCACCGGUCGCAUAUUGAACCGUUUCUCCAAGGAUAUGGGUCAGGUGGACGAGAUAUUACCUUCAGUUAUGAUGGACGUCAUACAGAUAUUCCUUUCACUCUUCGGUAUUGUCAUUGUGAUCGCUAUUGUGAAUCCGAUCUUCCUAGUACCAACAGCCAUAUUGGCGGUAUUCUUCUACUACUUGAGAUCAUUCUACUUGAAGACGUCUAGGGAUGUGAAGCGAUUGGAGGCAAUAACGCGCUCGCCUAUCUACUCGCACAUGGCUGCUUCACUUUCUGGCUUACCGACGAUACGUGCUUAUGGCGCUCAACGCGUGCUGAUCUAUGAGUUCGACAACUACCAGGAUCUGCACAGUUCCGCAUUUUACAUGUUCAUCUCGACGUCACGCGCCUUCGGCUACUGGCUAGACUGCUGCUGUAUUGUCUAUAUAGCCAUAAUAACCUUGAGUUUCUUCAUCUUCCCACCGGCGAACGGUGGCGACGUGGGCUUGGCCAUAACACAAGCAAUGGGCAUGACUGGCAUGGUACAAUGGGGCAUGCGUCAAUCCGCAGAGUUGGAGAACACCAUGACUGCGGUGGAGCGUGUCGUGGAGUAUGAUGACAUCGAACCGGAGGGUGAAUUGGAAUCGACUGCCGAUAAGAAACCACCAAAAACUUGGCCAGAGGAAGGUAAAAUCGUAUUCGAUGAAUUAAGUCUGCGCUACUUCCCUGAUCCAAAGGCAGAAUAUGUAUUGAAAUCACUCAAUUUUGUGAUCAAGCCCCGCGAAAAGGUGGGCAUAGUGGGACGUACUGGCGCCGGCAAGUCGUCACUGAUCAAUGCGCUCUUUCGGCUCUCAUACAAUGAUGGUUCGAUUGUUAUCGAUUCGCGUGACACCAAAGACAUGGGUUUGCAUGAUUUGCGCAGCAAAGUCUCAAUUAUACCACAGGAACCGGUGCUCUUCUCCGGCACAAUGCGUUACAAUCUGGAUCCAUUCGAUGAGUAUUCGGAUGCCAAAUUGUGGGAGGCACUUGAGGAGGUUAAAUUGAAGAAUGUCGUUGCCGAGUUGCCAAGUGGUUUGCAAAGUAAAAUCUCCGAAGGCGGUGCCAACUUUAGUGUUGGCCAGCGUCAAUUGGUCUGCUUAGCACGUGCCAUAUUGCGUGAAAAUCGUGUUUUGGUGUUAGACGAGGCGACCGCGAAUGUGGACCCACAAACGGAUGCGCUCAUACAGCUGACCAUCAGGGAUAAAUUCAAAUAUUGCACUGUACUCACAAUCGCUCACAGACUGAACACUGUUAUGGACUCGGAUAAGGUUUUGGUCAUGGACGCGGGACAAGUGGUGGAGUUCGGCACACCAUAUGAGCUCUUAACAAAGAGCGAAGCGAAGAUCUUCUACGGCAUGGUGCAGCAAACGGGCAAGUCAACCGCUGAGAAUCUAACCAAAGUUGCGCAGAAAGCGCACGAGUUAAGCUUGAAAUCGAAAAUGGAAUAAAACGGUUUAUGAGCUAAGCAAUCAAGAAUUGUACUAUGUGAAACGAGUUUGCCAAGCGAAAACGCCUCUUUUUAUGUUUAUAGUGCAAUUUUGUAGAAAUAUUAACUUUGUCACACAUGUACAUUCGUAUAAUUGGACUUGACAAAACGACUUGCCCUUUAAGCCUUUCAAUAUUUAAGUGUAUAUAUAAUGUAUAUAAAUUGCUGUACAUUCUUCGCUACAAACACAACGUUGAAGUGCUUCGUUCUUGUCAAAAAUCCACGUAAAUCUGAAAAAGUGCAUAAAAACAUUCACUACUUACUAACAAACAUAAAUAAGUAUGUAGUUAGCGUAGCGCAUACUUUUAAGCACAAAUUCUGUAAAUUUAUAAUUCUAAUUUUUUAUUAUUUUAUUUUACUGCUAUAAUUUGUAGUUAUUGUAAAUGUUAAAGUGAUUUGUGUUAUAGCUUUAAGUAAAUAAGUACAUACAUACAAACCUACAUGUGUCAUUCUCCACAUGCAGCACUGAAGUGUCAUUUACGAACAACAUACAUAUAUACAUAUAAAUAUAUAAUUACAUAAACAUAUAUCAUAUAUUUUAUAUAAAAUGUAUUUUCGCUUUUUUGUAUUUAUAUUGGUAUUUGUAUAACAUUACAAGUUAACGUACUGCGAAUUGAUAUUUCUUAUGAUAAUUAAAAUUAAUUAAAUAUAAUUAAAAAACAUUUAUGAAACAAUAAACAAUAACUAUGUACCAUAUACAAUAAAUAGAAAAUGUGCCUUUACAUAAGUUUAUAACAAAUAUAUGCCAGUUGAUGUAUAGUAUGUAUACGCAAAAGUGAAAUUUUAAGUGAGAAAUGUAUUGUCUUCGAUUCUCCAGCAAAUAAACGUCCGAAAUUUGAUAUGUGUAAA